CUUACAGGAAGAGACAGACGAUGCAGCUCAGGGAAGAAUCCAGGAAGAAGAGAAGGCAGUCACCUUUCUGCAGGAACAAUACUGACACAGGUUCUUUAGAUCGGCAGAGUACAAGCUGGAGCUCCAGAAAUGGGGCCCUUUGCAGUAAGUCAUCUCCUCGCCCUGAUCUCACUGGCUGUUGCCCUCGACAAUGGAUUGCAGAGGGUUCCACCUAUGGGAUGGAUGGCCUGGGAACGCUUUCGUUGUGACGUUGACUGUCAAGAUGACCCCGAGAACUGCAUCAGUGAGGGUCUGUUCAGAGACAUGGCUGACCGGCUGGCUGAGGACGGCUGGAGGGAGCUGGGCUAUGAGUAUAUAAUCAUAGACGACUGCUGGAUGUCAAGACUAAGAGAUGAACAAGGGAGGCUGCAGCCUGAACCCUCCAGGUUCCCAGGGGGCAUCACAAAACUGGCGCGGUAUAUCCAUGACCGUGGACUGAAGCUGGGCAUCUAUGCAGACAUGGGCACUCACACAUGUAUGGGAUUCCCUGGAACCACCUUGGAUAAAAUAGAAAUCGAUGCCCAGACCUUUGCUAGCUGGGGGGUUGACUAUCUGAAGUUUGAUGGUUGUUACUCAAAUCCUGUAGAACAAAUGCAGGGAUAUCCUCUGAUGUCCAAGGCUUUAAAUGCUACAGGCAGACCUAUUGUUUACUCAUGCAGUUGGCCUGUCUACUUAGGAGGACUUCCACCUAAUGUAAAUUACUCUCUGCUGGGGGAUAUUUGUCACUUGUGGAGGAAUUACUAUGACAUCCAGGACUCAUGGGACAGUGUGCAAGGCAUCAUUGAGUGGUUCUCCAACAACCAGGAUGAUCUGCAGCCAGCUGCAGGGCCUGGACGCUGGAAUGACCCCGACAUGCUCAUCAUUGGGAACUUCGGUCUCAGUGUGGACCAAGCUCGCUCUCAGAUGGCUCUGUGGGCCAUCAUGGCUGCGCCUCUCAUCAUGUCUAAUGAUCUUCGAAACCUGGCCAACAGUGCGAGGGCCAUACUGCAGAACAAAAUGGCUAUUGCCAUCAACCAGGACCCCAUGGGUAUCCAGGGAAGACGCCUGUUGCAGGAGAAGAGUCAAAUUGAGGUCUACUGGAGGCCGCUGUCUAAUUCAGCCAGCACCCUUGUGUUCCUGAGUCGACGGACAGACAUGCCCUACCUGUACCACACCUCUCUGGCUAAACUCAACUAUGAUGCUGGCAGCUAUGAGGCCUAUGACGUGUUUACUAGCUCGACAGUGACGGGGCUGAACGCUACCACAGUGUUCACAGUCUCCAUCAAUCCCUCCGGUGUUGUCAUGUGGUACAUCAUACCACAACAAAAGCCCAGGCAGUCUGAUACACUGUUUGACCAGCACAAGAAGGCCUCACAAUUCAUGUUCCACAAACCUAAACCUGGCCAUCGUAACUUGUUAUGAAUUAAAGUGCUAAAGGCUGAGUGAAACCAUGUCAUCUUGAUCUUGACAUAUUGUUGUACAGAUAUUAUUUUAAUGUUUGUACUUUAUUUUUUGUACUGCAUUAAAUUGUUCAGAGGUUGCUUUUACUUAACAUGAAUAAAGCAUUCCCUUAUUGUU